AUGAUGAAGAGUAUGCGAUUAUUGAGUGUAAUUAAAGACAAGACGAUGGUAUUCUUAAGGACAGAGUCUUUAGAUGAUAUCGAAUGUGAAAAAUUAACAGAGAUUAGAGUUCAGGCUGAUAUUUGGUAUUUGCAUCCAAAAGCUUGUUUCGACGAUAUCUCCGUGAAUUCUAUCCAUCCAUCCAAUUUUCUUUUUGCAUUUGACGCGUCUUUGCAAGCUCCAUCUUUGUUAAUUAUUACGCUUUCACCAAUCUCUUCGAUCUCGCCUUCAAUUGCGACAUUUAAGACAUUUGUGAAAACAUUCUCUCGUAUUUGCACAUUUAAAAUCGAAACUCUUAAUUUUCCCUCUGGAUCUUUAACAAUGUCAAAACAAGAUCAUGUUUCCUGGUCAACUGUGGCUUCUCGCGGUGCCUUCAAGAAAGUCCUGCGUCCACUUCCUGUUUCUGCCGAGACUGAUUCUCAAUUCAAGUUGUAUUAUAAAUUGGUUGUUGGUUUAAAGUGGUUUAAGUAG